UUGACUAGGGUACCGCACAGAGACAUUUGUUCAGAUGACAUUACACCUCAGGACAUUACAGCCAAAAAGACUUUAGGUUAAAAAGAAGGUUAAGUACUUUCAUUUAUUUCAGACAGUAUCUAAAGAUUCAGAGAGAGAGAGAGAGAGAGAGAGAUAAAAAGUGUCUUUCUGGGAAAAAAAAGAAGAAGAGGAAGAAGACACCUGGAAUUUUUCUUAAAUUGGAUUAUUUCAAAUCUUCACUGAGGUGGCUGUAUCAUUAUCAUCCUCAACCACAAAGCUGGGAAGCUGACAACAGUAUGGCUGUGAUUCUUUGGGUGAUGGGUCUUUCAAUGCUCAUGCAGAGCUGCUUGUGCAGUGUUGGACAGCCAGACAGAGGCUGCUUGAUAUGGACCCCAAAAGGAGACGAUGUUUGCUGUGAAGAAUGUUCGCCUGGACACCGCCUGGUCAGAAAAUGUGGUCCAAGCCCAAAAGAUCUUUGCACCCCAUGUGAGCACGGGAAAUUUACAGUGGACCCUCAAAGCUACAGGUGUUCCUCGUGUACACAGUGUGUUGGUGCUCAAGUCUUUCUGCAAGAGUGCACAGCCACAAGUGACACAAAGUGUGGCUGUAAAGAAGGACUCACCUGUGGGGACACGAGAUGUUCCUUCUGUGUUAUGAAGUGUGGCAAAGGCCAAGAACCUACAAAAGAUCGUUCUUGCCGACCAUGCCCAGAUGGAACCUUCAAUGACCAAAUUCACCAGAGGUGUAAACCCUGGAAUACAAAGUGUCCAGAUCAGCAAAUUAUGGUCAAGGGAAAUGCAUUUACUGACAGUACAUGUCAUAACGUUUCAGUUUAUCCAUCGCACAAUCCCAAAAAAACUGAUGAGACAGAAAAGGCAUGGGUACUAGGCAUCUCUGUCAUCAUCAGUGCGAUUCUGACCGUCAUUAUCAUCAUCAUCCUUACCACCGUGGCCAGGAAAAAUCUCCAGAAAAGCAAAGAGACAGAAUAUGGCAAUAAGAAGACCCCACCACUGAUCAUCAGACCCCCUACAGAUGAGCCGACUACAUUAAUGACAACAGCAAUAGAGUGCAGUUUUCACGAGGCCCAGCAAGAGCAAGGCAGCAGCUCAGAGUCACUGGACUCCAAGGACUCCUCAGACCAGCUUCUUGCAUAAAUGGAAGCGGACCAGACAACAGCAACAGCAUCAUUGAAGGUUUUGCUAAGUUCAGAUCAAGAAUAAGAUGGGAUCUGUCUCUGUGACACUGAGCCACAAGUUUGGAAGUUGCCUUUGUAGUGCCAGUUUUCUUGGUUCUAAAUGAAACAAAGAGAACACUGUCUUUAAACCACCCUCCUUUCCUUUAUCAGAACUUACUGUGAACAGUCUUAAUAGGUCAGUUUAGAGGUAACUUUUUGCUUAAUAAUUACACCGGGAUACAUUUUUAUUGAUCUUUUGAUAAUACUGUAAAUGUGCACUGGAAGGAAGGGGAAUUCUGAGCGGGAAAAAAACAAAGUGGACUAACAAGAAUCAUGUAAAUUUUAUCAGCAAGGCUGUGUUUUUUCCCCUUUUCAGUUCAGCUUGAAAGACAGAGUAACCCUAAAAUAGCUACAGAAGGUUUUAAAUUGCUCCUUUGGCAUCAGAUAAUGGUAAAACAACAUACCUUACAUUAAAAAUGAAAGUCUUUUGAAACAAGAGGAAAGAACGUUUUUUUUUUUUCAAACGAUAUUCAAAGUAGUUGGACUUUUGCCUGUGAACUGUGUGAAAUAAUACUGUAAUGUUUGAAUGAGUGUGAAUGAAUUUUGCUGCCCUGAUAUUUGCAUGUCGCAGCAGUAAAGCUGAGACAUGCGAGGGCUGCUCUCUGUAAAUGUACAGUGCAGGUGGGUGUUCAGCUCGGUAUAAACAAAUUUGACAACAGAGAGGUUUUAGUGACGUCUAAUGCUGAGCCCACACAUUCCUCCCAGAAUAGAUGUUUGGUUUUAGUCAGGCUGUGCUCAACCUAGUUACCUACUGUUUACUGCUGAAUUUGUACAUUUGUAGCCCUGUUAUGUGGCAGCAGCCACACAAGCACAAUGUCGCGUCAGGAUGUAGUGAAACAUGAUUUUUCAUAGCACAGUUUGUGACUUUUUCUCUGUCCUGUUUUAUUACUUUAAUUUGUCAAUGAAUGGGGACAACUUUGUGUACUAUUGCAGACAGUAGUUAGGACAUUGUAGAAGGUGCAUUAUACAGUCCCUUCAAGUCUACAUUCAGGGAACUGUAUGGACUUUCCUACUAUUGCUUUCUUAGUGUUAAAAAGUCCAGAGAAGGGGGUUUCCCUUUCUGUCAAUACUUAAUUGUCCUAAAGCACCAGGAAGUCUACUGUACUGAGAACGUAUCUCUAUAGUACUUGGGUCUUUUUUUUUUUUUUUUGAAUGACACAAAAGAUCGUAAAGCUCUAACAGCACUCAUUUCACAAGCCG